AUGGACUACGAAUCGUUCGAUAGCAGCGGGACAGAUGAUGAUAUGCCUCCUGUUCAUAGCGUUGCAAGAGGAGGACGUGUGACUGGUAACGGAAGACCAUCGAAUCUUCCUCCAUCUUAUCCAAAGAUGUAUGAUGAGGUAGCUGCUGAUAUGGAAGCUCAGAUUCACCAGAUUGAGAAGGAAGCGUACAUUGCUGUUCUAAGAGCCUUUAAAGCUCAAGCAGAUGCAAUCACAUGGGAAAAGGAAAGUCUAAUUACUGAACUCCGUAAAGAGCUGAGGUUAUCGAAUGAAGAGCAUAGAGAGCUUCUAGGUCGUGUUAAUGCAGAUGAAAUAAUAAGAAGGAUAAGGGAAUGGAGACAAUCUGGAGGCAUGCAACCAAGUAUGCGCAAUGCUGCUCAAGCUGUUCACGAUCCACUGCCAAGCCCUUCUGUUUCAGUUUCUAUGAAGAAGCACAAAGCAAACCAGCCAAUUCCUUCUCAACCAUUCGCUGGUCCUUCAGCUUCUUUUCAUCCUCAAGCAGCUGAUCCUACUCACCCGUUUGCUUCAUCGACUGCUAAACGAGGAUCUCUUCUGAAUGCCAAGGGCAAAAAGCAUAAACAAGCUUUUCCUGGUUCGUCUUCCGCAAAACCCGUCUCAUACCAUUCUUCAGAACAACCUCCACCUCCACGAGGACUAAUCUUGAACAGAUUACCACCAUCUGGUCCUGCCAGUUCAAGUGAGCCCACGAAUGGAACCGAUCCCGAAUCUGUUGUGGGAAGAAGAGUUAGAACAAAGUGGCCUGAAGACAAUACAUUUUACGAGGCUCUCAUCACCAAGUAUAGUCCAGUUGAGGGUCGUCAUGCUUUAGUGUAUGACAUUGGAACACCUAAUGAGACAUGGGAAUGGGUUAGGCUCUCAGAGAUAUCUCCUGGGGAUAUUGAGUGGAUAGGAGAGGAUCCUGGGAUUGGUAAUCGCUAUGGUCAUAACGGACAAGGUCAUGGACUGAACAAGACAACAGGACCUAGUGGUGUUCCACAACGGGGAAGCAAUUUGGCGGCGAAGAACAGUGUGAGAAAGGAUUUCAGAACACCACAGAAUGGAACUGGGAAAAGGAAACAUCCUGAUAUACGAAUCCGUCAAACAAAUAUCCUGAUUAGAGAGGUGGAGAGAGUUCUUGGCUCACACAAUCCAGAUCCUCAAGAAGUUGAAAGGGCCAAGAGAGUUUUAGAGGAGCAAGAGCAUGCGCUUGUGGAUGCAAUAGCAAAGCUUGGAGAUAUUUCCGAUGGAGAAAACGAAGGUGGCUUUCAUCGGUAA